UUGCUUAUAUAAGGAGUUCAAACUAACUUCAUUCGAACUACUAUUCUAAAUCCAUACCCUACCAAAUUCCAAAGAAAACGACCCAAAAUGACUCCAACAAAGGCUUGAGCAGAAUAUUUAGCCAAUGGAGGAUAAUCCGGACAGACUUUAUCGUUUGGAUGGAGUAGCCCAUAUAGAUGGUGUCAUCAACGAAGAGCCCAGCGAUGCAUCUCGAGCAUGCGACGGCAGCAGGGUAUGCGUCUAGACGAGAGGUACAUUUCGUACUUGCAGAUAGCCGAGUUAUACCAUCUUGCGAGACUGAACGAGAGAUGGUUCAGAAUGGAUGAGCCCUUGGUCAGUGCGUUUGUUGAGCGCUGGCGUCCGGAGACGCACAUUUCAUAUGCCAUUCGGGGAGUGUACUAUUAUAUUGCAGGAUGUGGCGUACCAGUUAGGACUGCCGAUCGAUGGACGUUAUGUUAGUGGUUGCCUGAUAGAUUUCCAGACGUACAUCCAAGAUGGUCGGCCAGCUUGGAUGUGGUUCCAGGAGUUACUUGGUGUGUUACCGCCUGCGAACCAAAUCCAAAAGUUUGCAUUGAACUACAGCUGGUUCCAAGAGACCUUCGGAGAGCUCCCUGAGGGUUCCCCAUGAACCCCCUCCUGUCUCAUGGCAUCCAAGUCCAAAGAUGAAAAGUGCAGAGGAUACUGCUAUGUCCCAGAGCUAGAACUACUGCCAGCCCCAACUGGAUUACCCGCUGCAAUGUCAUCGCCAUUGUCAUCAGCAAUGAGGUCUGGCUCCACAUCAUCAUCGUCAUCAUCAUCUAGCAAUGCAUCACCCAUACCAGUCGGUGUUCUACACUGUAAAGAAGUCGACACCCUAUCUACGAUACCAAUUUCUCCGCCACCACUGCAGUUGAGAUCAACGGCGAAGGACGGGGAGGCGACAUGCUCGUCCCGAGGUGCAUUCACAGGCACACAUGAAGAUACACCAACAGGUCUCAAGCUAGAGCUGGCUACCGUGCCUAUAGUGUGGGUGUUCCGGUUCGAACCCCCCGAGCUAGAUACCACAUCAACCAACUUUACCAACAGCUCAGGUGUCCUGACCUCAGAAAAUUGCCGACGACAAUGGAAGAGGACCUACAAAUCCUCAUCACUCCCUAUGAUGAAACAAUCGUACUUCACGUCAUCUCGCAGCACUGAGAUCGGAAUGCGAUAUAAUAACUUCUUUACCCGCUUCACGCCUUGCAGCCCAAAUUUCUGUAUUAGUAGAUUUGAUGUAUUAGUGAAAGUGGUCGGACGCGAGGGAGGCAAUGUUGAAUGCGGGCCUAUUGUGAACGCUAUAGCGAAGACUGUCCUUGAUGGAGCGGAUUCUGGAGCUGGGUCAGACCCAAAACGUCCGGGUUGGGGUACGAAAAAUUUGGGUAUAGGGUUGUUGGGAAAAAAAAUUGCGGUGACUUCAGAGGCGUGUGCAAGACCAGGGGAUGGUGCAGCUGUUCUAAUUCAUAGUGAAUGA